CUCUUCCUGGGAUGUAGAAGGGCAAGGCGAGAGCAAGUGCAACAGUGGUGGUUCGGACGUGCCAGAAAUUCUGGGAUUGUGGAAUAAUCCAAAGCUGCUUCUUUCCUGGAACGUUCGGGGUCUGUUUUAAAGUGGGUUUUAGUUCUCUUUAAUCCCAGGGACCUUUGAUUUUAGACAUGCCCCUGUCCGCACCCGCCCCCCCCAACAAGAGGAAAAAGCCCUCCAAGAUCAUCACCGACUUCGCCAACAUCACACAAGAUGAUCAGGAGUCCGACCCUGAAGCCAGCGAGUUUAACUUGGGGACCAAGAUCAAGACCCCCAAGGACACGAUGCUGGAGGAGCUGUCCCUGAUGAAGAACCGGGGCUCUAGAAUGUUCCAACUGCGUCAGCAGCGCGUGGAGAAAUUCAUCAUCAGCACGGAGCACAUGCAAAAUCUGCAGGAGCUGGUACCUUCUCUAGGCUGUGAGAUGCUUCCCCCAGUUCCCCCAAAGCCUGCUGUGCCUGAACCAGUCAAAGAGGAGGUCGAUGAGGCUGCCGAGAGGGAGAAGAGGAAGCGCGAACAUGUCAAGACGUACAUGUCUCCAUGGGAACGUGCCAUGAAGGGAGAUGAAGAGCUGCGCGCAACCAUGCAGUCAAAGAUGCCUGGACCACACGUGCACAAGGACAUGCCCAAGUUCAAGAGCUUCAACAGAACGGCACUACCUUUUGGAGGCUUCGAAAAGGGCUCCAAGCUGCUGACCUUCCAGCCACCGGAGAUUAAUACCCAUGAGGAGCCCGAGAUGGUGCCAGUGCACCAGUGCGACAUCCGCUCCCGGCCCUCCUUCAACCGCACGCCCAUCGGCUGGGUGUGCAACGACGAGCACAGCCACAUCCACAUGGAGAUGGAUGCCAUACCAUUUGAUGGGGAGACCGACGACCUCUGAAGACCUUGCCUGCAUGCAAACUUCUAGUCACCCAUACUCACACACACACAUAGGCCUACUCUAAGGCAGACUGCACACAAAUUCUAAGACAACAGGACCUUGUGCAAACAUGGCCCCUGCUUAUACAUAAAAAAAAACUGUGAUAGGUCUUUACUUGCUUGCAGGUUGAAGUGGUUUUAGGAGAAAAUGGCCUAAGUAGGCUAUGUUGCUAUCUGUCGCUAUGCGUGCCAACUUUUCACACCUGUUAUGGAAGUUAGGCUAUCUUAUACAAGGUUUAAAAGAGCACUGCAUUAGUAAAGAAUAUUAUGGUGAUAAGGAUGAUGAUGAGACCUGACAAUUGAAUGACAGCCUAUCCUUCAUUGUUUCUGAGUAUUGAUACAUUAAACGUUUUAAGUGA